CAAGACUAGAGCCAGAUCUCAAAGGCAGUUUCUCAUCCAAUUUCUUAUCCAUCAACAUGAAGCUUUUCACUGUUCUGCUGCUGUCCCUCGUGGGCCUCUCCGCGGCAAUGCCGGGCCCAGAUGGUGGCCUUGAAAAGCGCUGCAUAGAUGGGCCUGAUCCCUGCAGCUCUAACUCCGAUUGCUGCAAUAAUGAUUGUCGGCUAAGCUCGGACAAGGAAUAUAGAUGUAACUACGGCUGAGCUAUCUUCGACUCAUUGGAUGAUGUGGCAGGGCAUAUCAAUAUCUUGCUCGUCUAACUUAAGGAGGAAACGAGGAAAGGUAUUAAGGGGUGCUUUAAGUGAACGUACGCAUCGACAAGUUUAGCUACUAUUAUAUCCCAGCCUUCCAAACAUACUGUCUUUCUUAUGAUUUCACUGUCGGAUAAAGUAGUGAAACACGCGAUCAUAUGCCAAUCAUGACUUUGAUUUAACAAUGCGUGACAUGGAAUGCUAUAUGCUGAAUGCAGUGUAAAUAUUGAAAUAGUGUGUGAUAGUUAUCCAGUAGUACACUUAAGUCAUUGGAUCGUCACACACUCACACCUAGAACGAGCAGUGAGAUCAUCUUAU